GACCCCAACUUUUUUUCUUUCCAAUAUGAAGCAAUUUUGUGUGUCAUUAAAGCUGCAAAAUAUUUUGAAAAUCUUAGCGUCAGCAUUUCUUUAAUAAAUUUAAAUACGUUUUUUCCAUUGAAAAUAAAGUGGGUGGGGUAAUUAUUUCAACAUGUAAAAUGAAAGAGAUUUAUAUGUGAUAUUUAUGCUUAUAUAAUACUGACAUCACGUUGUUUUCAUAUUAACCUGUAAGAUCCAAAAUCCCUAUAACAUUAAAUGCGAUAUUAUAUGCUUUAUAAUGUACAUGUACCACCAUUUUUCAGUUUUACCAAAUUUAAGAAAUGCUUUAACAGUGGGUGAAGGAAAUGCCCUAGAAAAUUAAAACGAGUUCGGUGACCUAUGUUUUUUCUGUUUUUUUGUUUGUCUUGGAAAUUUAUGUUCUUCAAGCUCACAGAGUAUGAAAAAUUUCUUAACGUUAGAAAAAAUUCGGUCCUACAUCCUUAAGGUGAUAUUUAGGGCACACUGUCCGACUUUGGUGAAGACCUUCGAUUCGGGAUGCGGGAUUACACAGGGUGUAAUUCCCCUUUAAAAUCAUGCCUGUUUUGUUAUCUGAUUUAUUCAGUCACAUAGAUCCUACAUAAUCCGUAAACUAUUUUAAAUACCAAUAUUAAGUUCUACAUAACGAUAUAGAGUUCGGUUUAAGACAUUGACUUAAUAGCGAAUAUUUAUACACAAUGUAUUCAACAUGUAAUACGCUCUAACAAUUAUAGUUCUAUCUUUAGCUCAUCGAUCUACCUACCCAUUAUCAUAUUUUACUAGAUACUUGAUAUAUUUAAACAUUUUGAGGAAAAUAUAACUUGAAUUUCGCUGUAUUGUUCAUUAAAAAGGAAUACUUACUACAUUCAACAACGAUCGUUGAUUUUAAUGCACCAUUUUAGAAAAUAAACCAUAUUUUCCUAUGGACCUUAACAUUGCGUUAAAUUGUAGUAGCUCACAAAAAGGUUUUACUUGACGUAAAAUUGUUCAGGAUGUCGAAGUUAACUUUCUGUUUCGUUUUUCUUGCUGUUGCUCUUGCUGUUGGUUGUUACGUGCUUCAGAAAUUAGUGGAUCGUAUGAUAGAAACGAGACUUAGAGUGGAGGAGAUGGCGAAAGAUUUGAAAAAGAAAGAAGAAACUCUUUUGGCGAAGUUAGAAAGCCGUGAUCUUGAAAUGAAGCUCUUGUCAGAUGAUUUGAAGAACAAUUUUGAAGAACGCAUUAUGUAUAUUACGGAGAAAGUUGAUAAUCUUAAAGGAAAGGUUGAAAACGUUGAAAUUCCAACGGUAGCUUUCAGUGCCUUCAAUCCCGCUUACAGAAAUUUAAAUACGCUAGAUGUAUUAAUUCUCCAGUCCGUCCACAUGAACGAAGGAAAUGGAUAUGAUACUAAAACUGGUAAAUUUACAGCACCGGUACGCGGCCUGUAUCAGUUUACGGCGCAUGUUUGCAACAUGUUCGGAUACGUCAUACAUUAUGCUAUUGUCAAGAACAGUGAAUGGAUUGCCGCAAGCCAGCAAUUUGAGCAAGCCAAUGAAAAUAACAAUAGAUACGCCAGCUGUAGCUCAGUCAGUGCUCUUAUGAUGUUGGAACGUGGUGAAAAAGUAUGGAUUAUGUGUACGUCCGGAUACACUAACCAAAUACAGAUUCAUGAAGAUACGUAUCGCCGAAACUCGUUCAUUGGUGUUCUUCUUCAUAGAUGAACUAUUGUGUCUCAAUGUUUAAGAAUCUUUUAAUAUUCAUUUCGCCUUAACAAUAAAUUUCCGCAAUAAGUUCUGUUCAUGCUUCAAUGUUCUUGUAAACUAUCGCAAAUUAUUAAGCUAUAUUUGACUUUUCCUAGAAGAUAAUAUAUAACAUAUAUUUUCAAACGCAUUUACUGAAGAUGUGCGAUUACCCUUGCGUUUAACAACCCUUAGCACGCUAAAUUUCUAAAAUGGAAUGGUCAAUCAUUCAAUUGGGGCAAUACCAUUUAUUAUUCGAAGGGGUGUUUAAUGAAAAUUUACUGAUUGAAUAGCGAACAGUGCGGACCAUGAUCUGACUGCACAGAUGUGCAGGAUGAUCUUGGUCUGCAAUGGUCGCAAAGGCAGAAUCACUUGCCGCUAGCAGGCUAAGGGUUAAAGUUUACCAACUGAUGUGGUGGAAGAGGCCUUACGACACACAGAAAUGUAUGUGUAUAGACAGUUUCAUUUAGUAUUUACUGUUGUACUUAGCAUUUGUCGUUACACUGAUACAAUUGAUAAGAGCAAGUGUGCAAAUUGUAAUAGAUUUGGAUUUAAUGUGGUAAAAGAAGAAAUUCAAAUUAUACUUUAUACACUUACAUAUAGAAAUUAAUGCCUGACAAGCUGAAGAAAUGCUUGCUACGUUUACUUGUACGAGUUGUUUGAGAAAACUUUCAGUCUUUCUAACAGGAGAACUGCCUGUAUGUAGUGUAUAAUAGUAAUCGGUUGAAAUUAAAAAAUAUUCUUGCAUAAAAAACAACCUGUUUUACUAGAUGUGGGUAUGCAUGUAUGUCAUCUAUGUAUGUCUUUCUUUUUAUUUUUCAAAAGAUGUGACUAGGCCGAAUAUUUAUUCCUGCGCAAAAAUAUGUAAUACAAGUAUACAUCGUC